AUGGCGACUAGACCGAAUGCAACAGUUUCCCGGGUUCCAUCCUCGGACAAGCUGAACCUGGCUGCUUUGUGCGUGGGGCCCUCGAUUCUUUUGGAUCUGAUGGAAGUUUCUCGGUACAAAUUAAAAGGGUACGACUGCAAAUCACUGUAUGAAACGGGGACCCAUAUUUCUUGGGUUGGGCUUACUGCGUUUGGCGGGUCAAAAUUCAGCAGCGGAGAGAGUAAACUGAGAGCGGCUGAACAACCAGAAUUCGCCGCCGUGAAGAUCAUGUUUGCAAUAAAGAAACGCAUUCGAGACUCUUCCCUCAAGUUUUGGAGCUUCAAUUUCAUCCUUUCCAAUAUCAAUGUCGUCUCAAGGGAAACUGUUCCAAAUUGUGCAUAUUUGCCUAAAGCAACUUCCUUCAUGCGUUUUUUUAGUCAUGUCAACUCCUUAAUGUCCAGAAACUAUCAUCAAAUGAGAUUAUCAUAUCAAGAUCCUGCAAUGAAUGCUUUGAUAUUGCCAGGUUCAUUAAAUUUUUGGUCUCGUGAGACUGUUUUGAAAUGGUUUCAUGCUAGACGGUUCUCUAGUCCAUCCAUAGAGCUGAAUACAGAGAAAGGAGUCGUCAGAUUUAGAUUUGGUCAAGAAAUUGGAAAAAGUGGUGGUCAGACAAAGGCAAAGCAUGUGGUGAAGAAGUUUAAAAUGUCUAAAAAAGCAAAACUGAAUGAACUCAGACUUUACAGACUGAAGGCAAAGAAGAAAAUGAGAUCUCCAAAUCCUGAAAUUAGGAUCAGAUACAAACUUGAGAAGGCAAAACGAAAGGAAGCUUGGUUAAUUGAGAAACUGAGAAAAUUUGAGGUACCCAAAGCUCCGGAUGAACCGCAUGAUCCUGAAAUUUUAACUGAAGAAGAGAAGUUUUACUUAAAGCGCACUGGUGAGAAAAAGAAAAAUUAUGUACCGGUUGGAAGGCGAGGAGUAUUUGGAGGGGUUGUUUUGAAUAUGCAUCUUCACUGGAAGAAACAUGAGACAGUUAAGGUUGUAUGCAAGCCUUGCAAGCCUGGGCAGGUUCAUGAAUAUGCUGCAGAGCUGACUCGGUUGAGCAGAGGCAUUGUUAUUGACAUUAAACCAGACAACACCAUAAUAUUCUAUCGUGGAAAGAACUAUGUUCAACCAGAAGUUAUGUCUCCUCCAAAUACUCUAUCUAAAGACAAGGCCUUGGAAAAGUAUCGAUAUGAGCAGUCAUUGGAGCAUACAAGUCAAUUCAUUGAGAAAAUGGAGAAAGAGCUGGAAGAGUAUCAUGAAUAUCUUGCCCGGAAGAGAAAAGAAGAAAAGAGUUGAAGCUGACGGUUUGAAGUUAACUUUUGAAGUAUAGAUUACAAAUAACAACAACAACAACAACAAACCCAGUUUGAUCCUAACAGGUAAAUGUUUCUACCUCUCCAGGCAAGUAAUACAAAUUGUUAAAUUGUUAAUUACUUAAAGUUGUUACCAAAGCUUAUUGCCGGUUGUGUCUUUUGAUUAUCCUAGCACUUUCCGUAGUUGAGAUGAAAAGUGCGAAUGACCAAUAGGAGGGAACUGAAAGAGGAAGGAAGGAAUCAUUUACCUUGUACCCCAAGAGCUAGGUGGGGAGUUCUUGGAGUGAAGGAUGUCGAGGGUCUAUUUGGAAACAGCCUCUCUACCCCAGGGUAGGGGUAAGGUCUGCGUACACACUACCCUCCCCAGACCCCACUAGUGAGAUUAUACUGGGUUGUUGUUGUUGUUGUUGUUGGUAGCAAAUAAAAAGAGACCGAGUUAACUUUUCAACCCCUCAGAAGUUGAAUGAAAGGAGUAGGAUCUCUCUGUAACUCUCAUCAGUCAUCUGUUCAUGUGCGGAAAAAAUUGGAAAGCCUCGAUACACCAGCCCCAUUGAAAUCCUUUAGCCAAGCAUGGUACAAUGGUACAUACUUACUUCUUCGUGCUUACUGCUGAGUGCUGAUAACCAGCUUGAAUCAUGGAUAGAUUUGUGGAUGUUAUGUCAAGUAAAAGAGUGUUUGUCUGGAAAUAUGUCAGCAGAAUUGGUCGACAAAUUUUCUAUAUUGAUUGAAGGAGUUAAGCUGGGGAAAUUUAAUGGUAACAAGGCUUGUCAGUGAAAAUUAAAGGUAAAACUUCAUGUUCUCAUGUCGCAAUAUGAGUGAACUUCAUCUGUGAAUUCUCUGAUUGGCUGAUAUAGUCUUUACCAUUCAACCUAUUUCCUGGUGUUACGUUGCAAAGGGUUCAUUUUAACAAGCAAUCGAAAAGCAAAGACACUGUAAAAUGUGUUGCAAUCAGUUCAAAUGCUUGUGCAUUUAACUUCUCUGAUGGUCAGCGCAGCCUUCUCCUUUUAACUCAGUUUUCGGAUUGAGUAUUCUUGCUUGUAUUCAGAUAAUUUUUUAAUGGAAGAUUCAGCUAAUAGCUCCCCUGAAGAGCUAUCAAAUCCAUUGAAGCUUUCUUUCACACUUAUUGUUUGCUGUUUAAGUAUGUCGGGACAGUGCUUACUGUCCUUGUAACUUCGUCUAUGUGUUUCUACUGGUUGAUAUUUAUUGGAAAUUAUAGAAUAGAUACAACUUA